AGCUUUAAGGCUUCCGGAAUGGACAGUCGAUAUGAAACCCGAGCACAGCAAUACCAUACCCUACUCGGCUUACAGCAGUUGUGGGCUGAUCUCAACGCAAACCAGGCUAGACAGCCAAACAGCGAUGAUGCGCAUUGGACACAUGCAGCAAUAGCGGCAGGCUAG